CUUCAUAAUGGAGCUGGGAGUCUCAUCCACGCUUCUCCUGGCUGUCUGUAUCAGUCUCAUCCUGUAUUACUUCACCGGGAGAAGGAAACUGAGGGCAAAGAACAUGCCACCAGGACCAACCCCACUGCCUUUGUUAGGUAAUAUUAUGGAAAUGAGCACUACCGAAAUGCCCCAGUCUUUGGUGAAGCUGAGUGGAAUCUAUGGACCAGUCUUCACCAUAUAUGUUGCCAAGAACCCAUUAGUGGUUUUAACUGGCUAUGACUGUGUAAAAGAAGCUUUGGUGGAUCACUCAGACUCAUUCAGUGCAAGAGGAUCUAAUGACUUAUCUUAUAUGAUUUUUAAGAAUUACGGAGUGAUGCUAAGCAAUGGCGAGAGGUGGAAGCAGUUACGUCGGUUCUCACUCACCACACUAAGAAAUUUAGGAAUGGGGAAGAGAAGCAUUGAGGAACGAGUCCAGGAAGAGGUCCGUUACCUUGGAGAAGAAUUUAUGAAAAAUGGAGAUAUCCCUUUUGAUUCAACUGAUUUGCUGCAUUUGGCUGUCUCUAAUGUCAUCUGCUCCGUUGUGUUUGGAGAACGUUUUGACUAUGAUGACCAGAAGUUCACCACUUUGCUUUCAUUGCUAAAGGAAGUCUUUUUGCUCCUGGCAUCCCCCUGGGGUAUACUACUCAAUAUGUUUCCCAAAAUACUCUGCAGUCUCCCGGGCCCACACCAGAAAAUAUUCACAAAUUUGGACAAAUUAAAAGCAUUUGUUAAAGAAUCUGUAGAAAGCCACAGGAACACUGUUGACAUGAACUGUCCAAGGGACUUUAUUGAUAGUUUCCUGCUUAAGAUGGACGAGGAGAAGAACAAGCCCAGCACUGAAUUCCACUUUGAGAAUUUAUUUGGGACAAUCAUUGACCUGUUUUUUGCUGGAACAGAAACCACCAGCACAACCAUGAAAUACUCUCUAAUUAUCCUUCUCAAAUACCCAGAUGUGGAAAGGAAGAUCCAGGAAGAAAUAGACAAUGUGAUUGGACAAAGUCGAUGUCCCUCAGUGGAGGAUCGUAUAAAGAUGCCAUACACGGAUGCUGUCAUCCAUGAGAUCCAGAGAAUUGCUGACAUAGUACCCACUGGACUCAUACACGCAACCAGCAAGGAUACAGUUUUCAGAGGAUACAAUAUCCCAAAGGGUACAAUAGUUGCUCCCCUGCUGACAUCUGUUCUGAAGGAUUCUAAAUAUUUCAAAUGCCCAAUACAAUUUGACCCUAGUCACUUUUUGGAUGAAGAAGGAUGCUUCCUGAACAACGAGGCCUUCCUGCCAUUUUCCAUAGGAAAAAGGAGCUGCCUCGGGGAGGGUCUGGCCCGAAUGGAAAUAUUUAUUUUCCUGACAACCUUAUUGCAAAAGUUUAAUCUAAGAUCGAACACAGCUUGUAACGACAUUGAUAUUACACCAGAACCGAAGAAAAAUGGGGGUGUUCCCAGGACAUAUCAGCUCUUUGUCACCUCAAGAUGAUGUAU